AUUUCCUCUUCGUGCUGCGCCGGGCCCCAUCGCGGGGGAGGCCGGAGGUUGCGGCCAUGGAGGGGCUGGGGGCGGCAAGUGCUGAGGGGGAGAAAGUUCUUCUGGAGCUGGACCAGGGAAAAGGAAUGGCUAUGGGUAACCAACACCCAUCCAUAAAACGGUUACAUGAAAUACAGAAAGAAGUCAAAGAGAUUGAACAGCAAGUGGCUGUCUUCAGCGGUCUGUCUACCGACCGAGAUUACAAGAAAUUGGAAAGAAGCCUUACAAAACAGCUUUUUGAAAUCGAUUCUGUAGACACCGAAGGGAAGGGGGAUAUUCAGCAAGCCAGAAAGCGAGCUGCCCAGGAAACUGAGAGGCUGCUGAAGGAACUGGAACAAAAUGCAAACCAUCCGCGCAGACUGGAAAUAGAGGCUUUAUUCAAGGAGGCACAGUCACUUGUGGAACGCGAGAUCACCCUUUUUUACAAAGGAGGGAACUGUAUAAGUGAUGAAUUUGAAGAAGGCAUUCAGGACAUUGUAUUGAGGCUCACCCAGGUGAAAACUGGAGGGAAAGUUUCUCUGCGCAAAGCAAGAUACCGAACUCUGACAAAGGUAUGUGCUGUUCAGGAGAUUAUAGAGAGUGGUGUAAAGCAACAGCUGUCCCUGCCACUCUCUAAUGAUGCACAUCCUUCUGUCUCCAAAAUUAACUCUGUAAUGUGUGAAGUGAACAAAGCCAGAGGAACUCUUAUUGCGCUUCUAAUGGGAGUGAGUAGUAAUGAUACCUGCAGGCAUCUGUCCUGUGUGCUCACAGGCCUCAUUGCUGAUUUGGAUGCUUUAGAUGUCUGCGGUCACACGGAAAUAAGAAAUUACAGAAAGGAAGUAGUAGAAGAGAUCAAUAAAUUGCAGAAAUACCUGGACUUGGAUGAAGAAGCAAAUUCUACUCAUGCUUAUGAUUUGGCACAAAAUCAGUCUAUUCUAAAAAUAGAAGAGAUCCGUAAGAAGAUGAAAGAAGUUAAUUCCUUACUUUUAAAAACAGAGAAUGCGUCUGAUUUGUAUCUGGGAUCCAAAGCAGAGUUGCAGGGACUAAUUGCCCAGCUAGAUGAAGUGAGUCCAGGAAAAAAUCCCUGUAUUAGAGAGGCCAGGAGAAGAGCAGUAAUUGAAGUUCAGACUCUUAUAACAUAUAUUGAUUUGAAAGAAGCGCUGGAAAAAAGGCAAAUGUAUCCAGAGCAAACUGCUGCUGAACAUCAGUCUCAUAAAGCAGUUUGGACUGUACUUGGAAACUUGUCUCAAAUUCAGCAAGAGGUGAUUUCAUUUGAUGGAAACAGAACAGAUAAAAAUUACAUGAGACUGGAAGAACUUCUUACAAAACAGCUUCUGGCCCUGGAUGCUGUUGAUCCGCAAGGUGAUGAGCGGUGUAAGGCUGCCAGGAAGCAGGCAGUAAAGCUUGCACAGAAUAUUCUUUACUAUCUGGACAUGAAGACAGAUGAAUGGGAAUACUGAAACAGCCAUGGCCUGACACAGAAGAACAUUUUUCCCUUUGGCACUUUAUGAAGAUCAUUGGCAGCACAUAAUAAAGUGUUCUGUGCUUGCUGAAAUCAUGGAGAUUGCAUAAGCAGUUGACUUGGCUAUAUGUCUGCUAUCCCACGCAGUCACCCACUUGCCAUGGCAACUGUCAGUACACCAUCAGCAAUUCUGGUCACUGCUAUAAGCAGAGAAGUGCAAUUCCCUGAAGGAAUAGCUUAAUACUUGAUCAAAUAGCUUUUUUUUUUUUUUUUUUCCUUUCUUGUUUUAGUUUCAAUAGCCUUGUGCAAUGUUCAGUGAAUGCAGGUUUUUCAAAGACACAGAAAUGUAUGGUACAGUACUGGCAAAACUGUUUAAGGAGACUGGACAUGAAAGUUAGUAUUCAGGCAUGAGGCUCCAUCCAGCAACUUCACAGCAGUCUGGAUGUACUGUUAAUGUGCUGUUAUGAGAUAAAGUACUAAGGGCAAAAAGCCUACUGGCUUUUGGACUGUACUUGAUUUAUUCCAUCCAUCAUACCAUCUAGAUUUCUUAGUUAAUGGAGCUAUAAUGCCAGCUGCAAAUUAGGAUUUACAUAGGCAAUGCCAAUUAUGUCAAUUUUUGUAAUACCUGAGCCCUUUGAUUUGCAAAACCAGGUCUUUUGUUGGUGGAAAUUAUUUCAAGUCAUUGCUUUAGCGUACUGAGACUUGGAGAGGAAAAUCUGUACGUUUGUACCAAACAGAUAAAGGGGAUUUUGAGGAUUUCAAACUGCCAUCCAUAAACCCUUGAAAACUGCACUGAACUUUAUUUAGUGGUUGCUUAGGUGUCUUUUUAAACUCUGCUGUUGCAUCUGGUUUUCACAUUUGGCGAAAACAGAAACAGAGUUCACUUUGAAGUGAAAUGUGCAUUUUGGAAUUAUUUUUGUAAAAUUAGGUAGCCAGCUAUAAAGAUGUCCCUAUAAUGAUGUAAGUUCUAUAAUGAUGUAAGUGCGUGCUACAUGGUCAGGUGUGGCUUCAAGCAUGUCUUGGAAAGACUUGUGGCAAAUGUCUCUCUUUGCAACUCACUCACUAAUUGUUUUAGUAGCUUCAUAAAAAGCUUGCUUAUACUAUUAUAUGCACCUAACUUUUUAUUUGUGGCUGCUAGUGCCAAUCACAUUUCUACUAUAGCAUGUUUUUUGGCAUUUUUGAGAGCAUGGCAUUAAAAUUAUUUAAGUAUAUAUAGAUAUAUAUAAAGAAUAUAGAUAAAUGUAAAGAUAUAUUCAGUUACGGAUAAUUUGCACUCGGCUCUUUCAGGAUGAACUAAUGAAUUAUUGUUCUAUUGGUGAUAAUUUGCACCACUUUUAAGGAGUAAAAACCAUUUCGGACGUUACAAUAAAUUUUUUUAAGAUCUAUUUUUGACUGAUUAGAAAAAACAGUACUGUCUGUGAGAGACAAGUGCCUUUAUGACACUGCUGACUUGCACCGUCAUAUGUAGAUAUAGGAACUGUUUACUGGCAGCUUGAUACAUUUCUAAUCUUUGCAAGCUGGAUUUUUCAGGUAUAUAUCUAAUUCUACUGUAGUAUAUGUCAAGUUAACAUAGUACAAUAGGUGACAGUUGCCCUAUAGAGUCCUGAGAAUGGGUAUCAAAUUUGGGAAAUAUGUAUUCUGCUUAAAAGCUAAAGCAUUGGUGUGGAGCUGGGGGACUUUUGGGCAGGUCUUCUGUACCUAUUGCUACACGAAUAAUAUGUUUGUUCAUAAUAUACUAUGAGAUGUUGAUUGAAGGCUGCAUACCUUAAGAGUGUGAAUAGAUUUUGUUUGUGAUUUCACAGGUGAUUGCUUUGCAAAUCUACUUGCCAAAACCGACCUAAUUGAGUACAUUGCCUAAGGCACAAUUUAGCAAUGACAGAAUGUUUGUCGGAGGAUUCUUCCUGCUCCUUCAGAGACACAACCCCAUUGAAUUUAACACUUCUUCACAAAAAACCAAAAAAAACUCUAAUUAAAAUUCCAAUUUCUAUUUGAAUAUUACAUGGCUAACACAGAAUAUUAAUGAUGUUAUACACCUGAAUUAUUUUACUCAUUUCAAGCUCUCUACAUGUUUGAAUUGCAACUUGUGAUUUGCACUUACAUUUUUAGGAAAGAUAAGGAUUUGAUAUUGUAAUGAUAUUAAUAAUUUUUCUUUAGUAUUACUGUUGAGUCUGUGGUUACUUGUAGUUCGUUUAAACAAUUUAGUGUCUGUGUUCUCUGGCAGAUACAUGUAGUUUUAUAAGUGUUUGAGCCUCUUAUGUAAAAAUGAGUAAGUAUAGUUAUCAGAUCUGUUCUAUUUUAAAUGUGUCUUUUAGUUUUCCUGAAUGAAUCGUUAUGCCUGCAUCUC